AUGAAGCGCGAGGUAGUAUUCUUAGGGCAUCUUGUUAAUGAACAUGGCAUACGUCCAGGUAUUUCAAAGACGUCGGCCAUAGAACAGUAUCCGACACCAAAUAAUCCGUUAGAGGUUAGACGUUUCCUAGGUUUGUCUGGUUUUUUCCGCAACCUAGCGUGCACUCCACAGGAGAAUAACUACCAUGCAUAUGAACUGGAGGUGCUAGCUGUUGUAGAAGCAUGUGAACGAUUCAGAAUGUUUUUAUUGGGAAAGCAUUUUACAAUAGUAACUGAUUGCGAAGCAAUUACGACUGCAAAAAUUACAAAACCGAUGGCUCCAAGGGUAGCACGUUGGCUUCUCAAACUAUUGGAAUAUGAAUAUGAAAUAAUACAUCGUGCGGGGUCAUCGAUGGGUCAUGUUGACGCAAUGAGUCGUGCGCCGAUUAAAGGUUUGGCACAGGUCGAAGAUGUCAGUGCAAAGGUUCUAAUGUUGUCAGUUGAUGACUGGGUGCAAACCAUGCAGAAACAAGAUAUCAAACUAAAAGCAAUAAUUGAAAUUCUGCAAAUUGCGGAUGGAAAACGAAGAGAUAUCAGUUCCGAUUACUGUCGGAAUUCUGUAAAGAGUUUUAUCAAAUCUUGUAUUGAAUGCUGUUACUGUCGAGAACCGGGGCGGAAGGAGUGUGAACUUUACGGAAUGGAUAUACCAACUUUGCCAUUUCAAAUACUUCAUUUAGAUCAUCUCGGGCCAUUUGUUAAGAGUCGUCGCGAUUAUGAGUACGUUCUCAUUAUAGUGGAUGCACUUACGAGAUAUUCUGUUGUAGUUCCAACUCGUUCAACGAAAGUCAAACCGGUAAUAGAUGCAUUGAAUCACUUGACUCUUUACUUCGGUUUACCACAACGAAUUGUGACAGAUCGUGGCACUGCUUUUACGUCUGCGGCCUUCGGUAGCUUUUGUGGGUCGAAUAGCAUUCAGCACAUUAAAGUGGCAGUGCGAACACCUCGUUCAAAUGGUUUAGCAGAGCGGGUGAACCAGGCAGUACUGGCAUACUUAAGAACAUCGUCAAAUGAUGCCAAUGAUUGGGAUACGCAAAUCCGCAUGUUACAGUGA